AUGCUGCUGAGAGCUGAGAGUACGUACACGCUAACUCUUGUCCGUACGGAUGAACACAUGCUGCAGGCAGUGCUACCGAUGUGGAAGGAGUUGGAGUACUUCCAGGAGUACCAGCAGCGGCUAGCCAAGCACGUCGGGCGCGACGGCGCCAAGCACAUCGUCUCCAACGCCGCCUACAUCGUCAGCGUCGGCACCAAUGACUUCCUGGAGAACUACUUCCUCCUCGUCACCGGGCGGUUCCUUGAGUACAGCGUGUCCGAGUACACCGACUUCCUCGUCGCGCGCGCCGAGGAGUUCCUGACGACUAUCUACAGGCUGGGCGCGCGGCGGGUCACCUUCGCGGGGCUGCCGGCCAUGGGGUGCCUGCCGCUGGAGCGCACUCUCAACGUGAUCCGCGGCGGCGGCUGCAACGAGGAGUACAAUACGGUGGCUAGGGAGUACAACGUCAGGGUCAACGCCAUGAUGGCCAGGCUCCGGGCCAAGCUCCAAGGGUUCAGGCUCGCCUACGUCGACGUCUACAAUAGCAUGGUGGACGUCAUCAGCCAUCCUGAGAAGCUCGGGCUGGAGAACGUCUCCGAAGGAUGCUGCGCCACAGGGAAGGUCGAGAUGGCCUACCUCUGCAACGACGUCUCCCCGUUCACAUGCCACGAUGCUGGCAAGUACUUCUUCUGGGACUCGUUCCAUCCCACCGAGAAGCUCAACCGCUUCUUCGCCACAGGGAUCACCAAGGCUCUCCUAGAGAUAAUCUAGCGGACCCCGUAUCCUGCG